UAUAUGACAAUAUGAUGCCAACUCAGCAAAUAGUGUGUAGCCUGUGCGUGUAGCAAAGAUUUUGCCAACUUUCCGAGUUGUGGUUCGAUAACUUGAAUUUUCCCACUCUGGAUCACAUUUCUCCGAUUAUCCCGACACCACUGGAAUGCAGCAUCAGUCCCGAACAGGGGCCAAGCCCAAACAUAUCAGAUUAAUUUUAUUUUUUUAUGACAUUUAACCAUACAUGUAUGAAUGGUUAGUUUUCAAAAGGGAUGUGACUCGGAGGCAAAGCAGCUUGUGACUCUAUGGAGCAGCAGGAGGAGAGAAGAUAAUGCUAUAAAGUAGAGGCACUUUCAAGGCAGAAUGUCCUCGGGUCACAGGCUGAGGGACGUGGAGCAGCAGCGCCCCCUGCUGGACGGGGAGGAGGAGGCGGAGGUGGAGACGAGUUCCCACGGCGAAGCCAAGCGACUCUGGUUCAUCCAGGACUGCUGCGGCAUGGUGUGUGCCUUCAUCACCUGGUUCCUGGUCUUAUUCGCGGACUUUGUGGUCACGUUCGUCAUGCUGCUGCCUUCCCGGAGCUUCUGGUACGCCGUGGUCAACGGAGUAUUCUUCAACAGCCUGGCUGUGCUGGCGCUGGCCUCCCACCUCCGCACCAUGCUGACCGACCCGGGAGCCGUUCCUAAAGGAAACGCCACUAAAAAAUACUUGGAGAGUCUGCAGCUGAAGCCGGGCGAGGUCAUCUACAAAUGUCCAAAAUGCUGCAGCAUCAAACCCGAGAGGGCUCAUCACUGCAGUAUCUGUAAGCGCUGCAUCCGCAAGAUGGACCACCACUGUCCCUGGGUCAACAACUGUGUCGGGGAGAAAAACCAGCGCUUCUUCGUCCUCUUCACCAUGUACAUAGCUAUGAUCUCCAGUCACGCUCUGGCUCUCUGUGGAUACCAGUUCAUCACCUGCAUCAAAGUCCAGUGGAGAGAGUGCAGUGAUUUCUCUCCUCCGGUGACGAUGAUGCUGAUGAUCUUCCUCUGCAUGGAAGCCCUCCUCUUCUUCACCUUCACAGCUGUAAUGUUCAGCACUCAGCUCCACUCCAUCUGCAACGACGAGACGGAGAUCGAGCGUCUGAAGAAUGAGAAGCCGACGUGGGAGCGUCAGACUCGCUGGGCGGGGCUGAGGUCAGUGUUUGGAGGUCCACCCUCGCUGCUGUGGAUCAGCCCCUUCGCUGGACUCAAACUACCAACCCUGCUCCCCAGACGCACCUGGAAGGGCGGUGCUGAGUUCUCGGUCUGACCAGCUGUGGUUCAACCACUGCACAGUGGAGGCGACGAACCUGCAUGAGUCCAGCUGGGUUUGCAGAGCGCUGCAUUGAACCUCAAUGGCUGUUUUCCGAGCCGGAGAAGACCAGGUUCAGACUCGGCUGCAGUGCCCAGAAGCAGGAUGCUUGGUCUCCGUCUCUUAACGCUUGACCUCUCCUCACCUUUCUGGGAGAAAUUGAAAGAUCUAACCUGGUAAGACUGACUGCAGGCCGAUGCUGCUGGAUGUGUAGAUAAUCUUAAGACGAUUUUCUUCUACAUGAAUCAGUCAGACUUACAUUUUUUUUAAUUUGCUCAUUAAGAUGCUGGAUCUUCUUAGAGCAGUUACAGACCCCAGAAAAUGACUCUUUGACUGCUUUUCCAAACAUUUAAGGAAACUAUGACUAUCACUGCUCUGAUUGGUGGUCUUUUUUAGUGUCUGUAGAAGUGGCGCUGUGCAUCAGCAUAAAACGUAAAGCCACAAUGACAUGAAAUAUUCUUUAAUUAUUGUAAUGAUUCUUCCUUUGUGUUGAAUUUAAAUAAUAUCACAUAGUUAAAGCUGCCCUGUGGAUUUUUCUCAUAAACAAACAAAAGUUGUGUUUACAGGCAGAGUUUCUCACUAAAACACAUUCUGGGAAUUCUUGAGGGACAACAAAAGUGUUGAAUUAAAUUCCCUUAUAAAAGAUUAAGAACUAUCAGAAGCCGAAAAGGAUGCAUUGCCAAGUGAGUAGCACUUAUGAGGAAUUCGACUCAUCAUAUUGGUGCAUACGUUACCUCAUUAAACAUUGAUAUGAAAUAAACAAACAAUAAAUACAGAAACAAAUAACGUAACUUAAAACUAUUUAACAUUAA